AUGAAUCACGAUGAAGAGUUAAGCAACAUUAGAGGACAUCUCAACAAAGUGAUAUCUAAAAGCGAAUUGAAUAGCAUUAAUUAAAUCAUGAGGAAUGAUUUUGAAAAUAAACUAGACAGGUACAAAAUGCAAAUUCAGUUAAAAAUAGAUAAAGAAAUGAUGAGUAAAGUAAGUAUAGAGCAGCAUAGCUACGACAUCAAUACCAGGGCAACAAGACAAGCCUUUGAAGAUUUAAAACUCAAAGUUGUCGAUUAUAGAAGGGAUCUUCUUACCUAGCAAUAAUAAGAUCCAAAUUAGACAGAGUUUUCAGAUAAGAAUUUGGGAAUUAAAAAAAUUCGUCAGCUAUUUGAUUAAAUUGACUAAAAGUACGAUGAACAGUCUGGUAAAGAUCUAGAAAAGAAGAUUAAGGCUCUGAAUGAAUAAAUUUAGAAACUGGUUGAGGAUAAUGCCAUUUUAGUAUAGGAAAUUGAUAAUGUAAAAACUAACUUAAGGGUUAAUUCAAAUUUGAAAGAUUCAUCAGUUGACACCUCCGAAAUGAUGGAAACUGUGUCAGAUUUAGAAAUAGACAUGGACCAUCAAAAUAAUGAUAAUUACUCCAAUGUAUAAUCCAGCCGAACUCCUCAAUCAAAAAGCUAGAACUUGGCAGAAGAUUCUAAGUAUAGUAAUGGAAACAACUUUAAUCCUCCAAAUCAAGGUAGCUCUACUCCCCAAAAUAUUUCUUCAAGCGUCGUUGUUCCUAGUUAGAAAUAAUCAAACGGAGAUAUCGAAAAUUUGAUUUAAGUGAGUAAUCCUUUCAGUGGACUAUUGAUCCCUUCGUAGUAUUAGAAUAGUAAUGAUAGCAAGAACUUUGAAUUUGUACCUAAAAUUACUUUAACUAAAUAUGAACAUAACAAUAUGACUAACUAUAGUAGAAAGUCUGAUCUCAAAUUAAACUAAUCUUUCUAAAUUGCCUCCAAUAAUGAAUUGGAUGAACAGAUUUAACAUCAAAUGAGGACACAUUAAAAGGAUGAGUCUGACGAUAAGAUUACUGAAUAUGUACAGAAAUCUCAGCACUAGUAAGAUCUUGAAGCUAUAUCUUCGAAACUCAAAAGAAAGAGUCAAUACUUUUAGACUCAAUCGACUUGGUACAAUCGUAUAUUAAGGCAUCAUCAAAGCAUUUAGAAAAUAGUUUAGAGCAAAAAUAAUCUGAACACUGAGGACUCCACUAGAAGUAAUAUUAAAAUGCUCUUGAAUAAGCAUGGCUUUGGAGAUAAAUUCUUGUCUAAACUAAGAAAAAUUGAGCAUGUGGAGAAGCGCUAAAAAAUAUUUAACCAGUAUUCCUAGUUCUAAUUAAAUGAGGUUAGUAUGAACAUCGUCGAGAUGACUCAUUAACUUGAAAAAAUUAGUGACUUCAAUCUGCACUCCAACAAUCUAAUCAUAGAUGUUGACUCAUCAAAUAUGUCUCAUCAAAGUAAGGAGUCAGGUUUAGAUAAGAAGAUCCAGGAUUUGCAUUAUGAUUUUGACUAAUUGAAAUUCAUUUACAAAUUAGUUCAGGUAGUCCUCAUCAACUUUCAUUACUUAGAUUAAGAAUAUCAAAGGUAUAUUUAAAAAGCAAUAAAUGUUAAUACAGAACCGAUAUUUGAGUAAAUACUUAACUAGAUGGAAGAAACUAAAAUGAUUGAGAAUGAACUUAAAAAAACCUAGUCUUAAGUUUAGGAGCUAAACGCCAUCAAAACAGCCUUUUCAGUCAAUAAUUAUGAACAUGAUUAGUCAGAUAUAAACGAUACACAUUCAAUUGGGACAUUUGGGAACUUUUCUUAAAUGUUGAAUAAAAAUUCUUCUACCAAUCUAAUUUAAUCCAGAGUCCUAAGGAAAAGCCUAAAUAGAACAAGCUAACUUAUUAUCAGUAGUGGAAGUAGUAGACCCAAGUCAAAUCAAGUUUCACAGAGAAAUUUCGGAAAAAUGUCAAUAACGCCUUAAAACGGGAGAAGAGAAGGUACUAUAAAUGAGGCUAAUGGUAAAAUGAGGCGACCAGUUUAUUAGCACAUUAAUCUCAACGUAGAUGGGCCUUAGUACCUCAAUAACACUAUGAUUGAUCACAAGUUACUAAUGAAAUAUAUUAAUAGUGAUUCAACUCCUAUUAAUAAAUCAGAGGUUAUAGUUAGUCAAGAUGUUUAAGGAACUAAACUGGGGCAUUUGGAAUUAAAGAGAUUUGAGAAUUUAUAAGAAGUGUUAAAGGAUGAUAGAACAGUAAAGCCGUUGGAUGAGAUAUCGUUCGUGUAAUUUAACAAUUUAAGCCUUCAAAAAGUGAUAUCGCCUGAUUCUGUGAGUAGGAUAAUUAAACAAAAGCGACCAAAGACUAGUAUUAACCUUGUGGAUAAUUAGAAAAACAAUGAAAACUGA